AUGCUCUCUCAACACUUGUUUGCCAACGACUUUAUCCGAGGCAAGGUGGACGCCACUCUCUUCACGAAGGAAGUUGCUGGUCAUCUACUAAUCAUCCAGAUAUAUGUUGAUGACAUUAUUUUCGGGUCAACAAACGAAGAACUCUGCAAAGAUUUUGAACAAGUGAUGAAGCAGAAGUUCGAGAUGUCAUCAAUGGGUGAGAUGAAGUUCUUCUUAGGGCUGCAAGUCGACCAAAUGCCUGAGGGAACUUUCAUACAUCAGAAAAAGUACGUUCACGACGUUCUAGAGAAAUUUGGGAUGUCCGAGACGGCGCCAAUGUCCACCCCAUUAGCAACAAAUCAUGGUAUCAACCCCGAUCUCACUGGAGAGAAGAUCGACGAGACGCUAUACCGCUCGAUGAUUGGUUCGCUGAUGUACUUGACAGCAUCGAGGCCUGAUAUAAUGUACCCAACUUGCCUCGCGGCCCGAUAUCAUUCGAGUCCUAGAGCUUUGCACAUGUCUAUCGUCAAGAGGAUCCUACGCUACCUGAAAGGAACCCCAAGCCUAGGGUUGUGGUAUCCCAAAGAUGCUGACUUCACGCUCGAAGGAUAUUCAGACUCUGACCUCGGUUGCUGCAAAGUCAACGCAAAAUCAACAACUGCAGGAUGCCAAUUCUUCGGACCCCGAUUGGUCACGUGGCAAUGUAAGAAGCAAACCUCUGUUGCUCUUUCAACAUGUGAAGCAGAGUAUGUAUCUGCCAGCAGCUGCUGCUCUCAGAUCAUGUGGAUUUAA